AUGGCGGCAGAAAAUAAGCUGACGUGGGACUCCUUGCCUUACCAAAUACUUCCCUGGCUUCGGGAAGCUUUGGUCACAAGGGGUUACGAGAAUAUGACUCCUGUGCAGGCCUCAGUAAUCCCUUUGUUCUCUGGAAACAAGGAUGUUGUGGUACAAGCUGUGACGGGUUCCGGUAAAACACUGGCAUUUGUAAUUCCAGUGUUGGAGAAAUUAUGUCAUUUCCUACGUGAAGAGUCAGCAUUCAAAAGAGGGCAUUUUGGAUCCUUGAUUAUAUGUCCUACUAAAGAGCUAGCAUUUCAAAUAGAAGCGGUCAUCAAUAAUCUCGUUGAAUUAUGCCCUGACAGCGAUUAUCAACUGAAAACUCAAGCUGUCCUUGGGGGUGUGGGAUCUGUAUCGACAGAUGUACAGAAUUUCUUGAAAUCUCGAGCGCAAAUUAUCAUCGCGACUCCAGGGAGAGCAUUGGAAUUUUUACAACAAUCUGUGGUAAAGUCCUCCAGUUGUCAAGUUUUAGUUUUGGAUGAAGCUGACCGUUUACUUGAUCACGAUUUCAAUUCAGAAAUGUCCUUGAUUGCCAAAAUUUUGCCUCGACAGAAAAGGGUGGGAAUGUUUUCUGCAACUAUGUCUGCAGUGAUCGAUGAUGUGUUCAAGCUUGGUAUGACCAAUCCUGUUCGUAUCACUGUGAAAUCUGAUCACUUAAGCAAGAAGCUGGUACCCUCAAAGCUAAAGUUGUUUUAUAGCAUUGUUCCAGCCGAUGAAAAAAUAGGGCUUCUCUUCCAUAUGCUGGAAUCUUAUCAAUUCAAAAGGGCUAUUGUUUAUUUUCCCACAUGUGUGUGUGUUUCUCACUUCUAUUUGUUACUCAAUCAUCUCUUGUCCUGUUUGAAAAAGAAAGUCGAAGAUUACGAAGUUAUGAAACUAUAUUCCUUGCACGGCAAGCUGCAGCUGGAAACUAGGAUAAAAACGCUGUCUCGCUUCUCUGGGGUCUCAGAAUGUAAGAACGUGCUGCUCAGUACGGAUGUUGCGGCUAGAGGAUUAGAUAUACCGGAUGUCGAUCUCGUUAUACAACUCGAUCCCCCUACAGACCCUGACGUAUUUGUCCACAGAUGUGGGCGGGCGGGUCGUGCUGGAAAAACAGGCACUGCUGUGGUGUUCUUGACUCCAGGCCUUGAAGAAAGCUACGUUGAAUUCAUGGGUCUGAGGAAUGUCGAGUUACACCAUCUUAGCCAUGCUCAUUACAAUCCUCAAAAAUUUGAAUGGAUUGAUAUGGAAUCUCGUGCCUGGUUACUUGCUGAUAGAGCUAGACAUGAGAUUGCGACAAAAGCGUUUGUGACUUACAUCCGACAUUACUCUAAACAUUCUGCUGCAUCUAUAUUCAGAGUUUCUGCCUUGGACUAUUGGAAACUCGCAAAAGGGUUUUCUCUUUUCAGGUUCCCGAAGAUGCCAGAAAACAAGUUCAUAAAUGAUUUUCCUGACGGGGGAUUUAUUGAUAAAAGUGUGGAUUUUGAAAGGUAUUCGUACCUGGGCACUCAGAAGGAGAACGCAAGAUUACAAAAUAUUAAUUCAUCUUCAAAAGCAAUGCAGCUCAAUGAAGCAAGGCUCGCUGUAAAUGCACGGAAGGAAAAGAACUUACCUUGGAGCAAGAGGUCGAAGUCUAAUUCUAACGAAAGUCAGUCGUCGUUAAGCUCCAAGGAACGGAAAGUUAAGGAACGGUUAUUGUUACCGGAUGAUGGAAUUCAAGAGAUACAGGAUGAUUGGAAAGACCUCGUGAGGGCCAAUAAGAGACGAAAGGCCAGCGAAAUUACGGGUGUUUUUGAUGAAUUAUGA